CGGAAACGCCCACUCUAGUCACGUGUGCCAAAGUGACCAAUAGGAGGAAGGCAGUGAAUUGAAAAAGAAGCCGCGGCCGUUGCUCCAGGUUUCAUAUCAUAAUAAUUUUCCAGCUGGGAACAUCUGUUGUCCUUCAGAACAACUGACUGAGAUACAAUGGAAAGCAUAAUCUUUGCAGAGCGUGAAAAUGCAUGUCACCAUGGACCUGCACUCAAGAUGCGACAGCGGCUUCAGUCUGCUCCAGAGAAACUCACGAAAUCUCCCAUGAUUGCCAAAACCUUGACCACCCCCCUGCCAUCUGGUCGGAAGGCUUUUGGUGCUGUUAACAAACAAGUUUCAACUCCUGCUGUCAAUGCACAAGAAAAGAAGCUCCUAAAGCCACAGGAAACCAAAGUCAAAGACGCCCCACCGGUCAAAGUGGAGGAAUAUCCAGAAAUCGAGAAGUUUAUCCCUUAUGACCCUCUAGAGUUUGAGAAGUACAGCGUACCUGAAGAUUUGAUUCCUCUUAGUGGCUAUGCUCUACCUGGGCUGGCAUGUUUUCCACAAAUUCCACAUGUACAUGAGGAAGAUCUGGAAAUGCUGGUUCCACUCCCAGACCUGUCUCCUCUAAAAGUGCCCAAACAAUCAGAUUGUUCAGAGCUGAGCGCCUUUCUGCAAACGCUUGACGAGCUGACAAUUGAGCUUCCUCCAGAAUCUGAAACUGACUAUUAAUGUGUUCUUACUCUUAACUGCCUUUUUAUUGUUUUCAUUUUGUAUUGAAAUAAAGUUGUUUUUAUCUGUC